CUAUUCAGUCUUCUGUUGGGGAUGCCCAGCAAGUUGAAGUGUGCUCGAGUAAAGUCAUCUGCAAGUAAGAGAAGCAAAUGGUGAAAGGAUGUUUGGCUGGAUCGAGAGAGUGUUGCCUCAGCCGCCGGGUACUCCCCAGAAGAUCCAGGCAGAGGAGGCAGCGGCAGAACCAGGGCCAGAACCAGGGCCGGAACCAGGGCCAGAACCAGCCCCAGCAGAACCAGAGCUCAGAGAAGUCCAUCCUGUGAAGGAAGAAGAGCCGGAGAAGGAGCCUACAGAAAUGAUGCCUAUGUCUGAUUCAGCCCACACUUCUCUGGUUCCUGUGAACAGCAGUGCCAGUGGGUGGGUGCUGACUUUGAUGACAAAGGGACUACAGAGGGUGGUUCCACAGCCUGCCCCUGCCCUGGUAGUCCAGAACUUGGAGAGCAGCAUCAGUGUUCCUGACCAGGCUGGAGCACAGACCCUUGGGGAUGUAGGAACACCAGGCCCAGGGCCAGAGCCAAAUGACAAAACUGACAGCCAGGACAAGAGGCCUGGAAAAAGAGUUAUAAAAUGGCUGGUGCAGGGUUUCGAAAAAAUGUUGCCUCAUCCUCCACCCCAACUGCUGAAAAUUUCCGAGGCAGGCUGUACCGGGCUUGACGAAGCAGUGACCGAACCAGCAUCAGCACCCCCAGAAGUUCAGCCAGAGCCCCAGGCAGAGGAGAAAGAGCCCCCACCAGAGAAUCCUACCCCAGUGCCAGCUUCCCAAAGCCCUGAGGAGCCGCCUGCAGAACAGGAGAGCCAGCCAACUACCUUGUCUGCUUCCUGCCUUCCUCCUUCUGGGGACCGUGCCAGGCUGAUAGGAUGGGUCAAGAAGAGGCUGGAGAUGGUGAUUCCUCAGCCUGUUCCUCGAGGGAAGGUGUUACAGGAGCUGGAAACUCCCUCCCAGGCCACGGUGCAAAACAAGAUCUUCCAUCAAGAGUUGUAUGCCCUUUUGGGUGUCCUGAAGAGGAAGUUAUCCUUGUUCAAGUCGUGGGAAUUGCCCAGGAUUCAAGAGGAGAAGCUUGAAGAGGUGCUCAAGGAAAGAAAUGGAGAAGAUGAGGAAGAGGAGCAGGAAGAGGAUAAUGAAUCAGAGGAGUUGCCCAGGAUUCAAGAGGUGAAUCUUGAAGAGGUGCUCAAGGAAAGAAAUGGAGAAGAUGAGGAAGAGGAGCAGGAAGAGGAUAAUGAACCAGAGGAGUUGCCCAGGAUUCAAGAGGUGAAUCUUGAAGAGUUGCUCAAGGAAGGAAAUGGAGAAGAUGAGGAAGAGGAGCAGGAAGAGGAUAAUGAACCAGAGGAAUUGCCCAGGAUUCAAGAGGAGAAGCUUGAAGAGGUGCUCAAGGAAAGAAAUGGAGAAGAUGAGGAAGAGGAACAGGAAGAGGAUAAUGAAUCAGAGGAAUUGCCCAGGAUUCAAGAGGUGAAUCUUGAAGAGGUGCUCAAAGAAGGAAAUGGAGAAGAUGAGGAAGAGGAGCAGGAAGAGGAUAAUGAAUCAGAAUCACAGGCCCAGUGUGGCAUGGAAGAAGUGGCUACAAGUGUUCUGCUGGAUAGCUGCCUGGCGGGUGUUGAAGGUUCCAGCUGGAGUGAAGUAGGAGAGAUCACCCAGGAGUCUUCCAUACAGGGCCAAGUGGCGAAAGCACCAUCCUUCUACAGGAGGCUACUAGGUUGUGCAGUAAUUAGUGUGCUAGAUUUGGAGGUAGGAAGACCCAAGUCUGGGGACCAGAGAAUCUCCAUGGUCCUGGCCUUUGCUUGA